AUGUCCAGAACCAUUUCUCCCCCUCCGCUAAAGCGUCGAAAGCUAGCCGACUGCGCGCCAGCAUCCGUGGUCACGCCAUCCACCCCUCUCGCACCAGACGGCACGCACUUACGCGUGUAUUCCUGGAACGUGAACGGCAUAUCGUCCUUCCUGCAGCCAUCCAUCACCUCUUUCUUUGGACCAAAGCCUUCGACUUCUCCGGAAGCCGAACGAUCUGUCCAGUGCUCUUUGCGGGAUGUAUUGCGGAAAUAUGACUGGCCGACCGUGCUCCAAUUGCAAGAGGUGAAAAUCAGCCCAGAUGAUCAGGCAUCGCAGAGAGCAGUCCACAGUGCUGUAGCGCGCAGGGCGGGUGAGGAUGCUGAUCAGCCAUCGUAUCGUGCGUUCUUCUGCUUGCCGAAAGAUAAGUACAACGCGCGCGGCUUCGGCCGCAAGGUCUAUGGUGUCUGCAGCAUAAUCCGCGAAGACUUCGUUGCUGAAUUCGGCGUUCAACUGCGUGAAGUGGAGUGGGACCUUGAAGGUCGCUUCCUGGUCUGCGAGACGCAGGUACGGGCAGGUGUACCAAAGCUUGCCAUCUUCAACUGCUAUCUCGUGAACGGGACAGAUGCUCCGUACAAGGACUCCGAGACUGGAGUAGUCACAGGGACGCGACAUGACAGGAAAUUACGCGUCCACGAACUCCUCCAAGCCGAAUGUCGCAAGCUGGAAGCCGACAACGUCGCUGUGAUCCUCGCAGGCGACAUGAACGUUGCGAGAUCGAGGCUCGAUGGCCAUCCUAACCUCAGAACCCAUCCACUACAGCAUUGCACGAAUCGCGCAGACUUUGAGACAAGGUUUCUGCAAAACUCCGGGCGGGACGACCACGAUAGCUUACGCAUGAUUGACAGCUUCCGCCACUUUCACCCUCUACAGGCUGGCUAUACCUAUUACCCCCGACAUACAGAAUUUGGUCGCAGUUGCGACCGAGUUGAUUUGAUCAUGCUAUCGCGAACUCUCGGCCCACAUUUGACUUCAGCUGGAAUCAUGGCGACUCCGGCCGAUCGAGGGCCCAGUGACCACGUCCCACUAUACGCUGAAUUGCACUUUCCAAGCAGCAGUCGUGAAGACGAAACAGCGGCUGUAAAUACUUAG